UUCCAAUCCCCUCCAUAUCAUGUGAUUCAGGUGUUCCAAUCCCCUCCAUAUCAUGUGAUUCAGGUGUUCCAAUCCCCUCCAUGGACACAGGUGUAUACAAUCAAGCCCCUAGACAUGCAGACUGCUUCUACAAACAUUGGUGAAAGAAUGGGUCGCUCUCAGGAGCUCAGUGACUCCAAGCGUGGUCCCGUGAUAGGUGGCCACCUGGGCAAUAAGUCCAUCCGUGACAUUUCCUGGCUACUAAAUAUUCCACGCUCAACUGUUAGUGGGAUUAUAACAAAGUGGAAGCAACUGGGAACAACAGCCACUCAGCCACCAAGUGGUAGGCCACGUCACAUGACAGGGCGGGGGUCAGCACAUGCUGAAGCGCACAGUGCGCAGAAGUCACCAACUGUCUGCAGAGUCAAUAGCUAAAGACCUCCAAACUUGGUGUGGCCUUCAGAUGAGCCCAACAACAGUGCGUAGAGAGCUUCAUGGAAUGGGUUUCCAUGGCCGAGCAGCUGCAUCCAAG